CUAAUUGUACGUUUCAUUUCAUGUCAAAAAGAGCUGAUUAAAAAACUUUUCAAGAAUCCAAGGUUACAUUCUCACUCACAAAACAAAACAAACAUUAUGGGCUUUUUAAAGAAGAUACCCAUUAAAGCCCAAAAAAGAUCAGUUUCCCUUAGAAAAAUCACAAAUACGAAACCAACAUCCCAGCUCCGUGGUUUGUGGCCAUGUCUUCUUCGAUCGUCGAGCACGUCGUCCUCUUCAAGCUCAAGAACAACGACGACGUUGACUCCAACAAAAUCAGCUCCAUGGUCAACGGAAUCAACGAACUCAUCAAUCUCGACCAGGUACUUCACCUCUCCUGCGGUUCAAUCCAUCGCCUUAGCUCCACCACCGCUGCUUCCGCCGCCUUCACUCACGUCCUUCAUAGCCGUUACAGAUCUAAAGAAGAUCUCGACGCGUACGCAAUACAUCCUGAUCACGUCCGCGUCGUCAAGGAAUCGGAAUCGAUCCGUGAAGACGUCUUGGCCGUUGACUGGAUCGCCGAGAAAGUUCCCGGAAUCCUAGCUCCGCCUCCUGGUUCAAUUGGUAAAAUCACGGUUGUGAAGGUGAAAGAGACCGUCACGGAAGAGGUGAAAUCGGAGAUUAUGGAAGUGAUUAAGGAGAAAUCUAAAGGAGUUGAUCAGAUGAUCUUUGUGUUGGAGAAAACUUCUCUCCGGGUAGAGCUAAAGGAUCGAUUUCGUAAACUUCUCUCCGUUUCUCAAUCGGAUCGAUUUCGUAAACUUCUCUCCGUUUUUGAGUUCGUAGUGCCUCCAAAACUUGCUUCUGUGUGAAUUGUGAUUAAGAUGAUGAGGCCGUCUGCAUUAAAUGAAUAUUGUAUGCACAUUUGAAGCCCAUAUAUUGGCCUUUUUCCUGAAACCUAUUAUUGGCCCAUUAGUGAGAUAGUUACAUGUAAUUUUCCCUGUUUAAUACUUUUGAAGUCUUUAAUUGGUUGGUUUUAUCA